AAAAUAUAAAUAAAAUAUAUUAAAAUAAAAUAUAAAAAAAAAUUAAAUUAAAUGUAAUAAUUAAGCUGUGUAAUCUUUUAUAUGAACUUUAAUAUAUAAUAUUCUUUCCUUUUCCUUUUGCUAUUUUCUCUUCUAUUCUUCAAUUGCAUUCAUUUAUAUUUUUCAUUAAUAAAAAUUUAUCGCUUAUUUACGCUAAAAAUGGCUGCAUACCCCUCAGUUGAAGGAAAGAAAUUUUUAGAACUGAUAGAUUAUAUUUUAAAGAAAGAAGAUACUGUGAGGUGGGCCAAACAGCAUGGUUUGAUAGCAGCCACGAUGACAUGCCGCUGUCUUGCAGACAUGAGGUUUGCAGAAAGUGCAUUAACGGCAGAUGGUUACUUGUGGAGGUGUAGAAACUCCAGGUGCCGCGCUACAAAAACAAUUAGGCAUGGAAGUUUCUACAGCCAUAGCCAAUUAUCCUUAACAAAUUGUAUUUUGAUGACGUAUUUCUGGUCUAUGUACGACGUUAGCCAGGCUACGGUUGCGUCGAUUUUAGAUUUGGACGUCGGGCAUACAUUACCAGACUGGUUCAAUUUGCAUCGAGAUCUAUGCUUUGACUGGGCUCGUGAUAACCCUGCACGAAUAGGUGGCCCCGGACACAUCGUUCAGAUAGAUGAAAGCUGCAUUUCAUCUGCAAAAGAUCGAGGAACGGAAAUGCACGUCCAGUUAGGACACGCUGGGUUUUUGGAAGCAUCGAUACGCAAACAAAAGAUGCCUUUCUGGUGGAAGUGA